AUCGCUUUCCACCCCAGAAGUAGCUGCAUUUCCAUGGUGUAUGAUGACAUUCCCUUGUGUGUAUAGGCUCCAUUUACAUGAAAGUUGCAUCUAAAAUAUAAUUAUUACUCUCCUGUUUGCCUGUCUCUGGUGGCCUUAUUGGAGGCAUCAUGUUGGUUUAGCUAUUAACAGUCAUACAGGGCAAGGCGUCCCAGAGACAUGUGCCUUAUAGCAUCUCUAGUACUGUAUGUUAAAUUUCCUUGCAGGGGGAGAUUGGUACAGAAUCAGGGUUCCCCUCUAAGCAAGUUACUUGCUAGAUGCUAAGACCCAGUGACACCAGCCCUGUGAAAGAAAAAGAAAAGCUUCUUAAGGAGAGAUCAGUAGGAGUCCUGUAUUAGGAAGCCUGUAUUUACCAGUGGAAAUCACGCCCCAUGAGAUUUGCCAGGUCACUCGCAGCAUGGAUUUUACGCAGCCUUACACAGUGGCCUGUUUUGCUUUGAUUACCAGUCUCCAGCUGUACGUCCUUGCCCAGGCAUUCAGGUUUGUCGUGCAGCAUGCCAGCCCAGAUGGGGCUGGCUCCUUGGGGUAUAAGCUGGUUACGUACUGCGAGCAGCCCCCGGGCUGCCCUGAGAAGAUCCUCGACGAAAUGGACAGGGCUCACAGGGAAGGAGCACAAACCAUUGUGACUAUCUUCUACGCAGGCACGGAGCCAGCACGCUCGCUCUUCGUUAACGUGCUGCAGGUGAGUGGUGGCCUCUGCCAAUUAAUGGCAGGUAGAGGAAGGAAAGCAUGCCAAGCAGAUACUGGGAGGGAUGAUACCCUCCUUCUCCCCCCUGCCCCUACCACAGUCCCUUCCACCCACUGGUGCUUCUCUCUUGCACAGUGUUAAUUCUGAUUUUACUGUAAUUAGUUUAAGAGCGCCAAUAAAGUUCUCAAGUUCUAAUGUUCAGCCACUAAACACCAGAGGUUAAUUACAGAGCACAUGCCAGCUCUAUUACUUACAACCUGAGAGCAGGGAAUGGUGGUCUGCCCCAGCUUUCCUCUCCUGUGGGACAAAAUGAAUGCCCUGUCUCCAGGCUCUGCGGAGUUUAUUCUGCAACUCUAAUACUGCUAUUAAGAACUUCCCAGUGCUCCUGUGUCAGGGGGUCCUGAGUAUUUAUAAUGAAAGUGACUCUAGAUGGCUUUGUCUUUAAAAACCUUGUCAGAUUUAUGGCUGUUGGAUCAGCCCUGCUCCUCUCUGUCACAAUCUCUCUAUCCAUUAAUCACCAUAACUUCACAACAAUCAAGUCCCAUCACCAUAACUUCUGCCACUCUGCCGAGAACAAGGGAGGUCCAUGAUCAACCAGUUAAUGAUUUCUGUAGUCCCACCCUUUUAAGCCAGAGAGACUUUUACUCUCGCUGAGAGACUUUGUCUGCAAGGUGGUACCCAGCAUGCUCUGACAGCCCUCAGCUUCUCCAGGGCAGCACUGGUAAAUUUAAGAGAAAAAGUGGGAAGUUUGAUGGUGGCAGUGCUUAAUUUGUGCCAGGGCUUGGCAGUUCAUAGCCCCGGCACCUGUGGGCUUGGCAUAUGAAAGUUUAAAAAAAAAAUUUUCUUGAGCCCCAGCACCUCUUCCAUUACAAAUUAAGCACUGGAUGGCAGCGUGGAAAGACCGGGUCUGUUCACAUCUGCAGUGUGCUGUGCAAUGCAGAGCCAUGGAUCAUACCCCACGGUUAGGCUCCUUCAGUGUAUGGUGGGUUAUGUAGCCACAGCCUCCUCUCGCUCUCCCCUCUUGCCAGACACGGUGCCUCCAGUUUGAGAAGCGGAAGCGUUGCUGUAAUUCAGUGUCCGACUGAUGCAAGGCUUUUUUUAUUUUAAGGUGGAAAUUAACCUUUCCCAGAUUCGAAUCCACCACUCCAGGCUAAAGAUGAAUUUCAGAGGCGCCUUGCCAAGCAUCCUGGGACUGCUGAAAGCUUUCCAGUGGAACAUGGUUGGCUUCAUUCAUCAGUAUGAGUUAGAGUUCAGGGAUGUCAUUGCUGGCCUUGAACAGAGCGACCGAGGGGAGAUAUGCAUCGAAUUUACAGAGCAGAGCGUCUUUGAUGGUCGGAAACUGCUAGAUAAGAUUUCCUCCUCAAAAUCAAACGUCACACUGGUGAUGGACGAAUCUGCUCUGUAUUACAUGUCAAGGGCAGGGCAAGAGGAAAACCGUACCAUGGAGAAACACAUCAUUCACUGCUGCUACGGGGUCACUUUUGGACUUGCUGGGUUAGAGUAUAAAGUUUUCCGGGGAGUGUGGUCUCUGCACCAGAGGCCUCGCCUGGUUCCUGGGUUUCUUGACUAUUUGCUGGACACGAAUACACACCGAUCUGCAAAUGCAACCGUCGGGUAUCUGUUCCGCAAGGUGUGUCACCAGUGCACAGCCAACCCCAGCUCAGAGCGCCCCUGCAGGAACUUCAAUAACCCUGUGCCAGUCAACACCAGUGCUGUACGUUUAAGCCACCAUGAGGAAGACAUUUGCCUUGGAGCUCCAGUUAUUAACAUGUGCAAUUUGUGCCUGGACCGCUUAGCCUAUCUGGAUGUCAUCUUCAUCAUGGAUUUGUUCACGCAAAAGCUAGCGAGAGCAAUAGAAGAACGAUCUCAGAACUACCCGCCAUCCCAGCCACAGAACAGCUCUGACUUCAAUGGAGAACAGUUGGAGCAGUUUCUCAUCGAUCACUAUUCCCCCCUCCUGCCCAUCAAUCCAAACCCCUUUGAGGUCUUCUACUGGAACGUCACUGAUGACGGAGAAGUGAAGCUCCCCCAGCUGGACGUAGACGUGCAGAGAGCGGCCUCCGACAGCUACGACCCUGUGGCGAGGACUGUGGGCCUGGGGGGCGGGGGAGCCAUCUGGAUCCUGCCCUCUCAUUGUUCCCGAGGCUGUGGCCAAGGGGAAGUGCAAAAGCUACACCCGGAUUUGCCUCAGCACUGCUGUUAUGCAUGUGAGGUUUGCAGCCCUGGGACAUACAGCAACGGAUCAGGUGACAAGAGGCCAAGGGCUUUGGAAGGAAGCUCGGCAGACGUCUGCUGGAGCUCAGAAAAAAUGUCUCGCUUUUUAGCGGGCUACUGUUUGCUCUCUGCCUGGCUGCUUUACCCUCUUUGCUGCUCUGCCCAAACGGAGAGCAGCACCACCCCACCAGGGAACUGUGGCCCCAGCCAGUUCCUUGACACAGAGGCGUUUCAGUGCAGCCCGUGUGGGGAGCACCUGGUGAAAAGCCCUGCAGGCCUGCGAUGCGUCCGUGCGGACGGCCGGACCGUGAUGGGCCAGGCGUCGGCGUGCGGUGCUUGUAGUUCCCGGCAGCCCACCUCGCUCUGGGAGGCCACCUUCCUUGAUGGCAGUUUUCUGGCUUGUAAUAACUCUUGCAACCUGACUGCCUGCGAGCUCCUAACCAACAUGGUCGUUCUGAAUGCCUUCUCCUUGGAAACCCGGGCCUACGACCUGUAUGCAAAGGCUGAAAGCCAGAACCUCCCGAAGCUAUUUUAUAGCAACACAAAGCUGCCUCCGCUUUCCUUUGGAAAGAACUCCAAGAUCAAUUUUAAGCUUGUAAAGUACGAUGCCCAAGGAAACUUCUUAGGCUGGGAGGACGUGACAGGUGGCACUUUGCAGCUCUGUGCAGACCGUCAGAGUGCACUCGAUGCUGCCUACUCCUUUGGGACAUCCUACGAACAGUCUUGCACUGUACAGGUGUCCAACCUGCUGAGACGAGUCCCUGAGCCCGUCUUUUACGAGAUGUUCCUGCAGUUCUCCAAUGACAAGGGGAACUGGCUGUGGCCGGUCCCUGUAGCAAAUCCCCAGCUGCAGCUGAAUAGCCCGGCUUCCCUGAGGUCUCAGAGGCUAAGAAGAUUCUUUCUAGUUGAUGGGCUCUCGGGCAGGCAAGGGAACCUAUCCAAUCAACCAGCAUCUGUCACGUUGGCAGCAGGGCUGCUCCUAAGCGUUGACUUGCCAACCAGUAGCCCAGGAGACCAGUCUGCUUUCCUGUUGACAGUGAAGUAUGCGAAGCAAGAUAGCAUUGCAACAACGCAGGUAUCGUUUGCAGUGUCAUAUACAUACAGUCCUGGAAUGUCUCAGCGAGACACAGAUAUAGCACUUGCCAUCCUGGGCUCUCUGGCAGCCUUGUACGCCUUGCUGAAGACCAGCAGUUGGGUGCGGAGGUCUAGACUUCAGAAUAUAAGCUUUAUAAUUUUAGUCAAGUUCUUUGCCUUCUUUGCUGGGGCCCUGGCUAACACCUUCUUCGUGGUUGCCCUGGGGAUGGGAAUUUAUUGGCUCAUUGUUUUCAAGGGUCAGCAGUCUUCAGCGGUUGAGGUUAUGGUGCCCCCGGCAGGCAGUCAAAUAGAAACCAACUUUAUUAUCUACUUGUCCUGUGCUUUUGUGUUAAAGGCUGUGGACUUGCUUCAUCUCCUGAUCACCCAGCUAACAAUCUCCAUCUUCCUGAUAGACUGGGAAAAGCCAAAGGAGAAACCAGCAUUUAAAGCACCGGCAGGAGGGCAGAGGGCCACUUCCUCUGUGAGUAUUUGGAGAACUUUCCUGAUAGCCAAUGAGUGGAAUGAGAUCCAGACUCAUAGGAAAUUGAAUCCAUCGCUUCAGCUGUUCGCAGCGUUACUGCUCCUGGAGGUUGUGGGCCUGAAGAACAUCGCAUCACGAGACCUGAACCUGGAUCUGCACCCUGGCACUGACACUUACCUGGCUGCCUGGAGCCCAGUCCUUAGAUUUGGGAUUGCUGCUUCUCUCUGGCUGGCACUGGGGAUUGCACAGGUGGUGUUUUUCAUAGGCAUCUACGAGCGGUUUGUGGAGGACAAGAUUCAUCAGUUCGUAGAUCUCUGUUCCAUGAGCAACGUGUCUGUCUUCAUCCUGAUGCACGGAUGCUACGGCUUCUACAUCCAUGGGCGGAGCGUGCACGGCCAUGCGGAUGUGGGCAUGGAUGCCAUGCAUGCCUGCCUCAGGAAAGAGGAGGAGAACCUGUGUCCUCUAAGAGGUCUGGAGGCCAACUCUGACAUUCAGACCUUCGAGGUGCUUCUCACGGACAGAGCCAGGCAGCUGUAUGACAAGAUAACGCAGCCCUUGAGAGAGGGCCCGAGAGGCGAGAGAGUCAGGGUCGACCUACAUGAGCAAAGACUAAGGAGUUAUUACGCCUUGAAUCGAUUUCUCAGCUCGUUCCUUGAACACGCAUACAGAGAUAUGGACUACAUCGUGAAGGACAAGUUCUUCCUGGAGCGCAUCAUGGACAUGGAGUUCCAGGAAGCGGUAGACAUGUCCAUUCUGUACACAGAUGCCAGUGCCUUGUUCAGCAGGACUCUCUUCUACAACAACGAGCUGGCCUUGCUUCUCUUCGACACCCUGCUCUUCUCGGUCGUCGACCUGGGAACGCAGAAUUUCGUGCUGGCCGCAAUCAUCACCUUUGUUGUGCAGAAGUUGGUGAAGAUGCUGCGGCAUGCGCUUGGAAGGAGAAAUCUGGCGGCAAAAACGCUGGUGGAGAAGCAGUUUCUGAUCUAGAGGUGAAUAGGAAGCUGUGGCCGCUUAUUCCCCUCUUCCCAGUGCCAGCAUCAAAGCAAGGACGCCGGGACCCUACAACUAAUUUUAGAAGCGAGGACUUUGCAGCCUUGAUCCUUCUCGGUCCUUGGCCUGUGAAGGGAGAAUGGAGCGAUCACUGCAGUUUUCCACUCUAGUUACUAUGGGUAAAGCUCUGUGCUUCCUACCAGCCCAGGAAACAUGCAGCCCUACUGUUAUUAUUUCUCACUUUAAGUUGUUUCCCAGGCGUAUUUUGAUUUCACAGCCGAAGGAUUCCUUUCUGCUGAUCAAACCCUGCUCUGUUAUUUAGCCAUCAGAAUAAGACACCCACGCCCACGGGAUUUUUGGUGCUUGUAUAUUUUUAAUUGGGAGACAAAAGGCCACCCUCUGACGCUGACCCUGGUUUUAUGGAACAGCUUUGUUUGUUUCUUAAUAGGAAGCAGAAAACAUCUGAAAGGAGCAGGGGAAUGGCAAUCCAUGUGCUGUCUACACAAUGCAUCUGAGCUGCACAGCUCUCUGGUGGGUUCUGCUUAGCUCAGGCAAUGGAUGCAAUCUGCAGGGUAACCCAAAUGUAAUUUACAAGCAGGGCUCAGUGGGGUCUGAUAUACCGCAGGACAGACCACCUCACACAUCCUCUCUCCCUACCUAAUUCAAACACCAGCUCAGUCCUUUCCUUCACUAGGCACGAGUCUUAUGCAGAAUAUAGUUUAUUGACCUCCAAUGGAGGUAAAUCACAGGCAGAUGUGUAUCCAGCAUCAUUCUGGGCUUUUCUAUUCCUUUCAUUUGUAUUCUACAUAGUGCUGUUUCUUUAAACGAAGAGGGGCAGCUGCAUUAGACAGAGCAGCUAUGUUACACAGCCUAUAUUCCUCCAGGGCAGGACUGAGGCUAAAGCCGGGGCUUUGAUUUCACUUCACACAGCCGUUGUCUCUGGGAUCCACCUGGAGCGCAUGCUCUGAUUCCAGGGUUGGACCGAGCCUCAGGAUUCACAGCCAAAAUGCAGGAAUUCCAGCUGGUUUUGCACUGACAGCGCGGAUUCCAGUGCCAACCUGUCAACAGGCCCAAGUUCGGAGGGACACAGUCUGGCACACUUAAAAUUAAGCACAGGCUUAAGUGUUUUUCUGAAUAGGGACACUUUCCUACACUGGAGCCAAACUUCUGAAGGAAACAGCCCAUCCCAGAGCAACAUGGGCUGUGAUGCAAGUGUUGUCUGUUUCUAGGACAAAGAGAACUGGAAGAGCGACCAAGUGCUGAAAUUGGCAGAGACUCCCACGGCUAUAGCAAACAGCCUCCUGCAAAGGAUCUGUGCUUGUUUCACUUUGUUUUGGUUUGAAUAUAUGAAGAUUUAGUGUGUUUGCUGCUGGGAACAUUUAUUUUUUAAAACAACCAUGUGUUGGGUUUAAGCCUGUUUUAAUUUUCUCUAAAUCAGUGACUACAUUUAAU